AUGUCCGCGCGGCGACGAGCGCGCUUCCCGGUGACGUCGUGGACUUCUGGAGACGCCGCGCGGUGGAGUUUUUAUGCAUGCGCCUUUUGCGCGCUCCUCGUGUUGCGCUCGAGCGCUCGUCGAGGCGUCGAAACCGCGUCGAGCAAAUAUACGCAUACGCGAGACUUUGAGCACAAAAGUCGAACACCAGAGACGGUGGUGUGGUCGACGGAUUUGCACGCCGGUCCAAUCGGAUGUCAAGUAUCGAUGUUUGCGACGCUAAACAUCGACGUCGAAGCGGAAGUGGAUGUUCCGAAUUGCAAAUAUUUCCAAAACGGCAGAGGCGAAAACCUUUGCGCCUCGGGUCGGGGUCUUCGAAACGAUCAAAAUCGUGGAUUUUCUCUCGACCCUCACCCGAACAACACGCGACGAAGACUUUAUACGCACUUUAGUGCAAACGGGGAUUUUUCGCGUGCAGAUGUUGUGUUUUGUUCGCACCCGGCGGCGAACUGCGAAAUAUAUUUACCGUUUGAUAAAUCGAUUCUGAUUUACAACACGCAGAGACUAGAAUUCGGUCGAGACGACGAAUUCAUUUGGUGGCGAGAACCAAUCAUUGGAGCAGAUAGACGCGAGCGCUGGGAGCAUUGGGUACACAAUUUGAAAGCCAUCUCACGGUCGAAGGCCAACGUCGUGGCGGCGAAUAACAUGUACGACGUCACGCACAUGGAGUACUUCACAGGCAUCGAGACAAAAUACAUUCCUUCGUGGUGCGGUGGUCUCCCGCGAGAGAUCGUGGAGAAAAGUUCAUAUCGACCUCAGCACAGGGAGAUUGUUCUCACGCCGUACCGAGUUAAUCUGGAGUAUGCGAAAGAGACGAUUCCCGAGAGAGGCUGGCCAGACCAACGUCGUAAGAUGUAUAAAAAUCCAUUGACGCACCCGAUAUUCGAUGAUCUUAUGCAGCUUAAAUCGAGAUUUGAGCUCAUCAGCAUGAAACAAGCAUUUCCAAAACAUGGAAAAUUCAAAAGUAUCCAUGACUUUCAAAACUUUCGCGCCGUCGUGCUGAUUCCGUAUGUACCCUCGACGAUGUUCUUCUUUCAGCUUUAUCGCGCGUGCGUACCGAUUUUGGUGCCUUCGCGCAAAUUGCUGGCGCGUUGGGUCGCCGAGCACGGCAUACUUUGGGAAACUUCAUACGGAGAUCCUGUGCGCGUCAAUGAGACGAUGCACUCGCACUUGUCAAAUCCAAGUAAUUUUGACGCCGUGAGCAGGGAGCGUUGGAUGGAGUUCUACGACGUGUAUCAAACUGAAGUGUUUCCACAUAUUUUGUACUUUGACAACUGGGAACGCGCUGCACAGAUAGUUGAAAGCACAAAUUUAGAAACUGUUUCCGAAAACAUGCGACUUCACAACGUGAACGAGUUUCAUCGCAUCAGAAAUUUAUGGCGUGGCACGUUCGAGCAGAUGGCUACGAACAGGAAAGCUCGCGGUGGAUCGGUGUCAGCGACUAGAGAAUCGCAGCCACGUGUGCUUUCUGUAGACAUAAACACUGCGUUGAUGCGCCAGUACGAGCUCGAACCGCUUUCAUUCGCGACUGAGAGCGAGGUAUUGGGCUUUUUCAGUCGAAUUACUCGGGGUGGUAUUUUCGGUCGUCGAUGA